AUGGGCAAGAAGCUCGCGCGGGAGACCAUGGGCUGCGGUCCAUCCACUUUUGCUGUCGCGGAGCUUAAUCGGUCCCUCAAGACCGUUGACGGGCCGGAUGUGCUGCAAUCCAAGCUGCAGACCAGUCCAUGGCUGCUCAGCGCAACCACGGCUGUGCUGUCCAGCACUGCCGGCACGCCGUUGCACACCGCCUGCGAACGGAAGCAAGUGGAGGUGGUUCAGCAGAUGCUGUCCUUCCUGUCCGGCGCUAGCCUGUCGGUCGUACGCGAGGCGCUGCAGCCGUACUGCCGCCGUAACGACCUGCCGCUGCCCCAUUCGGUUGCUGAGGGAGUGCGCAUCGCCGUGGGCAUGGUGAACUGCAAGGGCCAGACGCCCCUCAUGUGCGCGUGUGCGGCUGGCAGUCCCGAGCUGGUCAAACUGCUAAUGGCGCAGGGAGCUGACCCAUGGGCCGGCGACCGUUGCGGCUUCCGCACGGCGCUGCACUAUGCCGCCAUGUCUGGCAGUGCGCCGUGCAUAGAGGCGCUCCUGCAGAACAUGGCGGUUCGGGAUAUGGCGCGACUGGGAGUCAGAUAUGUGGACGUCCGAAGUGUCUGCGGCCUCUCCGCGCUCCAUUAUGCCGCCUUCUUCGACCACCCCGCCGCGGUGGAGGAGCUGCUGCGCCACGACCCCCACAUCAACGCCGCCACGAGCAGCCACAGCUAUGACAUCUUCGUCUCCUGCGAUGCGCUGUCGACCCCGCUGCACUUCGCCGCCUUCAGGGGCAGUGUGGAGGUGGUACGGCAGCUGCUGAUGUACCAUGUCCAGCGCGUGAGAUCCUCCUCGUCACGAAACGCUGCCAGGACGCGGGAUCCCCGGCGUUGUGCCAACUACGGUCACCAGUUUCCCUGGCAGCGGGAGCUGGUGACGCUCCUGCACCCCGGCCUACCUGUCGAGGAAGUUCUGGGCCUCGCAUCUUCAAGGAGCGACGACGGACCCGGCUUCUGGGCGAGCUACAGCGACUGCUGCUGCCACCGUCGCCGCCGCGACUGCUACUGCCACAGCAGCACCACCAGCAGCAGGAAGGAGAAACUCCUGGGGAAAGGGAAGCGGGAUCUCAGUUACCAAGUAUUCCUGCAGCGACAGCUGGGCACGGUUGUGGUUGGUGGCUCCAGCAUGAGGGAAGGUGGUGGAGAAAGGAGAACAUUUGAGGAGGCUGUAGCGGAGGAGGAGGAGGAGUCUGAGGAAGUGUUUUGUGGUGUGUGUUUUGUUGAGCGGGAGGCCGUGGCCCCGGCGGGAUGCGGUCACGGGCUGUGCGGGCGGUGUGCGGAGCGGAUGUGCCGUAUGGCGCUGGGGCCGAGCAGCAGCAAGCCGCCGCGACCGCUGCUUUGUCCAUUCUGCCGCCGGGAGGUGACGGGGUUUGUGGGGUUGGCGGCGAGGGAGGUCCAGCCUCCCGAACUGGUGCAGCGGCGCCCCACAGAGCGGGGCUUCGUGGCAGAGUCCGACACACUGAAGCGACGAGGCCGGGACGGGACACACGCUUCCUAG